AUGUCCAUAGUCUCACUGCUCGGCAUCAACGUCCUUAACAACCCCGCCAAGUUCACAGACCCCUACGAGUUUGAAAUAACGUUCGAAUGUCUGGAGCCUCUGAAAAACGACCUGGAGUGGAAGCUGACGUACGUCGGCUCGUCCCGAAGCCUAGAGCACGACCAGGAGCUAGAUUCUAUCCUCGUAGGGCCUGUGCCCGUCGGCGUCAACAAAUUUCUCUUCACAGCCGACCCGCCCUCGCCCGAGCUCAUCCCCGCUAGCGAGCUGGUCAGCGUCACCGUGAUCCUCCUCAGCUGCUCUUACGACGGUCGCGAGUUCGUUCGCGUAGGCUACUACGUGAACAACGAAUAUGAUAACGAGGAGCUGCGGGAAAACCCACCCGCCAAGGUCCAAGUAGAUCAAGUGGUGAGGAACAUCUUGGCCGAGAAACCAAGGGUGACAAGGUUCAACAUUAUCUGGGACAACGAGCAAGGUGAGGAGUACCCGCCAGAGCAACCUGAGCUUGAAGAGGAAGAGGAAGACGACGAAGACGAGGAGCAGGAGGAAGAUGACGAAGACGACAACGAUAUUGAGGAGGAAGACGACGAAGAGGAGAAAGCUCCCGGAUAUGAAAGCAAGGAAGCCUCGGAGUCCAAGGACGAGAAGGAGGAAGGCCCGGAAGCGAAAAAGCGGAAGCUGAAGGCCGAAGAUGAAGAUGAAGAUGAGGCCGAGGAAAUAGAUUUGGAAGAAGAUGACGAAGAGGAAGAAGAAGAAGACGGCGACGCGCCUGAGGAAGACGGCGAAGAAGAGCGCGAGGGAGCCCUCGAGGAAGAGAGAGAAAACACCGUAGAAACCGCACCUACGCCACAAGACACGUCCGCCGCCGCGGCUGCCUCCGAUCCCGAACCCUAG